CCGGCCCGGCGCGGGCGCCAUGAAGCUGCUGCGGCGCGCGUGGCGACGGCGGGCGGCGCUAGGCCUGGGCGCGCUGGCGCUGUGCGGGGCGGCGCUGCUGUACCUGGCGCGCUGCGCCGGCGAGCCCGGGGGCCUUAGGACGGCGUCGGGCCGCAGCCCCCCGCCCCCCGCGCCCGCGCGCGCCGCCGCCUUUCUGGCCGUGCUAGUGGCCAGCGCGCCCCGCGCCGCCGAGCGCCGCAGCGUGAUCCGCAGCACGUGGCUGGCGCGGCGCGGGGCCCCGGGCGACGUGUGGGCGCGCUUCGCCGUGGGCACGGCCGGCCUGGGCACCGAGGAGCGGCGCGCCCUGGAGCGGGAGCAGGCGCGGCACGGGGACCUGCUGCUGCUGCCCGCGCUGCGCGACGCCUACGAAAACCUCACGGCCAAGGUGCUGGCCAUGCUGGCCUGGCUGGACGAGCACGUGGCCUUCGAGUUCGUGCUCAAGGCGGACGACGACUCCUUCGCGCGGCUGGACGCGCUGCUGGCGGAGCUGCGCGCCCGCGACCCCGCGCGCCGCCGCCGCCUCUACUGGGGCUUCUUCUCGGGCCGCGGCCGCGUCAAGCCCGGGGGACGCUGGCGUGAGGCCUCCUGGCAGCUCUGCGACUACUACCUGCCCUACGCGCUGGGCGGCGGCUACGUGCUCUCGGCAGACCUGGUGCGCUACCUGCGCCUCAGCCGCGACUACCUGCGCGCCUGGCACAGCGAGGACGUGUCUCUGGGCGCCUGGCUGGCGCCGGUGGACGUGCAGCGCGAGCACGACCCGCGCUUCGACACCGAGUACCGGUCCCGCGGCUGCAGCAACCAGUACCUGGUGACGCACAAGCAGAGCCUGGAGGACAUGCUGGAGAAGCACGCGACGCUGGCGCGCGAGGGCCGCCUGUGCAAGCGCGAGGUGCAGCUGCGCCUGUCCUACGUGUACGACUGGUCCGCGCCGCCCUCGCAGUGCUGCCAGAGAAGGGAGGGCAUCCCCUGAGCCGCCGCGGCCCGGCCCUCCGGAGCACCCGCUUCACCCAGCAGCGCCUUGGGGCAGAUGCCCAGCGGGCGCGCCAUGCCCGGGCCCCAAGGCCCCCGUCCCGCGGCCACGCCCGUGGUCGCUGACUCCCGGCCUGCGUUUGGGAGACCCCUGGGGGUUGCCGGGACAGCGCGCCGUGUCCCGGUGGAGGUGCCGGUUCCUGGACCUUAGCGAGCCUAAGCAGGGCCCGGCCGCGCGCUGACCCCCGUGCUGUCCCCAGCCGGCUCACGGGGCUGGGCCCCGAUCUUCCGUGUCUCUUAUCAGUGGCGUUUUUCAUGUACGUGUCUCAGAUCUAACGUGAUUUCACAUCAGUCCGCUUUCAUGGGAUUUUGGUCUCUGUCCAGUGACUUCGUGGUAAAUAUAACUCAGUGUUUGCUUGUAACUUAUUUAUAAAUAUUGUAAGUUUGUGUCGAUGUGAGUGUCAGUUGGCAAUGUGAAGGUCUCGGGGUUUUUACAUGAUUUCAGGAAACACUUGUAUGUCAGAACUUGGUGCCUGUACCGUCGGCCCCGCUGCUGUGUGUGUUUAAAGGCAGGAGAACUUUAAAACUGGCCACUUAUCUUUUCAGUGUACACGUCAUGGGACCCAUUGCUUCUUUCUGAAGAGAUUUUCCUUAUAAGGCUUCCCGUGGGUCCGUGGCGCUGCUUUAUUUCAGACUCCGCCCCAGGUUCCAGGAAUCCGAACCCCCGAGUGCCGAUGCCGUUCCAAUUCCGCCUUAAGAAAACAGGACCAGCCGCACCCGGCCUGCCUCUCACCUACCUUAACACAUCCUUGGAAUCCCCUCAUUUAACGAGAAGAGUGAACACUGCGGUCCUUGCCAAAAUAAAAUAAAGCUGCCCCAGGACAAGGGGUGACCGUGAGCCCCCUGAAGUCCAACACGGGUUUUCUGUCUGGGGGACCUGGGCGGUCCCUGCUGUGAUCUUUGUUGUCCCACUUUGGAGCCAGGGCCGGUCUGGGGUCCAGUCUGGAGCAGGCUUGGCUGAGGGUUGGAUUAGGCUCCAGGUCAGUCUUGUGGGGUUAGGAGCAGGUUUGGGUUAUUUCUGUUUGAAGGCAGCAGUGGUCUCAGGAGGAAACAGCCGGGGCGGAGGGAACUGAUGAUCUGUGGUCAGUGGGUCAGGGACCUGCACAGUGAUUCUCCCACCUCCAACAGGUAAGGGUGGGACUGGAGGCGUCCCUAGGUCAGGCAGAUGAGUUCGAGCUCCGACGGGCCACCUUGAAUACAAGACUGACCGUCCCUUUGUGCACAGUUUGUUCUUGGACACGGACUUGUGAGGAUCCAGGGCUGGGGACCCUGGUGUGAGCAGGAUGGGGCCCUGCCCUCCCAUGGGGUCGCAGACUCGAGCCCAGGGGCUGCCCAUCGCAGCGGUGUCCCAGGUCCCUGCCAUCCGAUUUUACCUGGAAUGUCUUCUCUGGAGUUUGGAAUUACUUGAGGAACCCUGUGUGUGCUUGGAGAGGCCAGAGGGCUUGCUGAGGAUCCCAUGGACAGUGGAGAGCGGGAUUCGAACCAGCGGCUGGACUCCCACACCUCUGGUCUGCACUACCGAGUUCUUCGUGGCUCCAAAGAGUUGACCCCUGUGGAAAACAGUGCAAAUGUCCAAGACUCCCAAUAGGAAGUCUAAAAAUCCAGUUUGCAACCACUUCUGACCUACCAAAAAAUGGAAUUUUGGUGUUUUUCAGCCUAAGACAUUAAAUUUCAUAUCAGAACAAA